UACCAGCCAAAAAAAAAAAAAAAAACGAAAACAAAUCAAAGAAAAAAUUGUUUUUUGUUGAUAGAACUUUUCAGUCUUAUGAAAACAUUGAAUGUAAUUGGUGGUAAUAGACGACAAACGAAAAGUAAAUUUGAACAACUAACACCUCGAACAUUUAGAUUAAGCACCGCCACCAAUGAAUCCCGCGAUUCCCGUUGUUGUUACCGAUGACUCGAAUAAAUCUCAAUACGGCAAAUAUGGAUACUGGUGCUGUAAUUCCGUUGUGCCGAUAACAACACUGCCAGCUAUUUUCAUAUUCAUCUCGGCGGGCAUGCAACUGGCUUUGGGCCUCGGCUUUGAACCCUUAUACAGUAUCUAUGGUAAUGUCGAACAUUUCCGAUUUUCGUGGUUCAUUGGCGUGAUAAUUGGGGCAGUGGCCUGUAUGCCGCUGCUAAUGUAUGCGCCAAGAAAAUGUGUAAUGUUAACCUCGUCCGUUUUGAUCCUAAUCGAGGGUAUUUUAUUUACCAGUGCCCCCACCCGUGCUGAUCCCCUGUUGGCUGGACGUUAUCUCAAUGGUAUUGCUGUGGGUUUGGCCACCAUUACAUAUCUCAUGUAUGCCAGUGAGAUAGCUCCGAAUCGCUAUCGUGGAUCCUGUUCGGCCAUCGAACAAUAUUCCCUGACAAUUGGCAUUGCCAUUCAAGUGAUAUAUGCCACUCAAUGGAAUCUACUGCUAAAAUUCCCCGUCACUCGGGUCCAUGGCAUUUUGGAUAUAAUAUUUGCCCUGGCCGCCGGAGUUUUGGCUCAGUUUUGUUUCAUUGAAUCACCCAUUGUGGGGCUGCUGCAAAAAGAUGAGGCUUCGGCAUGGAAUUCCUUGGCCCAUUUAGAAUUACCCAAGACGGUUAGUUCGGCUACCAAACAACGUUUCGAAGAACUCAAAGAAUAUGCCAGGGAUGAGAGUAGUCUAGAUCUAAUGGAUAAUAUUAAGCGGAGUGCUGUGCCGCUGGCCAAGAUGAUAUUAUUUCGCAGUGCAAUAUUGGCAUUUAGUUUUUCGCUGCCGCUUAGUAGGGCAUUGAUAGAGGGCUCUGCCAUGAACCACAUUAAUUGGCCAGCUAUUGUGGCAGUCUGUUUGCGUAUCUUCGGAGCGGGUAUUGCUCACGUACAAAUCGACUACAUAGGCCGGAAGCUACCCUCACUGGUGUGUGCUGUCAUCAUUGGAGGACUGCUAAUUGGUAUCGGGGCCAUUUGCAAUAACUACAUCAAUUUGUACACCCAACGGCCAAUGGCUAUUGUUACAUCGCUGUGUUUGUUGUUACAAUUCUUUGCAGGAGCCUAUGCCCCAUUUACCUCGGUAUAUCUUGGAGAGGCAUUUCCAUUGAAACUAAAGGGAUACUUUAUAGCCGGAUGUGUUGUGGUGGAGCAACUAAUUCACAUAAUAGUUAUCUGCUCGUACGUCCGGGUUAAUGGUCCAGUUUUUAUAGCACCAGGUGUAAUAACUGUUUUGGCUGCCGUGGCAUUGUUGGUAACAAUGCCAGAGACCCGUAAAACCUCACUGAUGGAGGCUCAAGGACGUUUCCGACAUUUGCUAUAUUUAAAAAUGCUUUGAGCAAUGAAUUGUGACUAGACGAAUGAUGAAGUUUGUUUAAUUGAAUUUUUUUAAAUUAUUUCAUAUUUAUAGAGUCAUGGACUUGAGAUAUUCACUGAAUCAUCUUCAUCCAACUGAUAUCUGAUGUUUAAUUGUUUGUAAGAAAACUGAAUAAAACAAGUGAAAAGAUA